CGCCUUUCACCGUCACACGAAAUCCCUAAUAUCUUUCUUUCUCGAUCUCGAUUCCCACCUGGACGUUCAAUUCCAAGUCUGCUCUCUCGAUCCUCUCGUUAGCUAGAUAAACAUGUCUGGACGUGGAAAGGGAGGCAAGGGCCUGGGAAAGGGAGGAGCCAAGCGUCAUCGCAAGGUCCUUCGUGAUAACAUUCAAGGUAUCACCAAGCCUGCAAUCCGCCGUCUUGCUCGGAGGGGCGGGGUCAAGCGUAUCAGCGGCUUGAUCUAUGAAGAGACUCGUGGUGUGCUCAAGAUCUUCCUCGAGAAUGUUAUCAGAGAUGCCGUGACGUACACUGAGCAUGCCCGCCGCAAGACCGUUACUGCCAUGGAUGUGGUGUAUGCCCUCAAGAGGCAGGGAAGGACUCUGUAUGGGUUCGGUGGUUAGGGCUUUUGAUUUUAAAAUAGAAGUCUUGCUGUCAAGAAAGGGGCUUUUCAGGGAUGGGGUUUAGAUUUGCUAAUUAGGUUUUUGUAGGUACUAUUUUGUAAGUAUAAGCGCGUGAUGGGUUAAUGUUGAAUUUAUAUUUUUUUUUAAUUCUUGGAAUGGAAAUGGUUGAGUUUCGAUUCAA